AGCUUGUAGUAGCUGAUACUGGACAUGGCCGUGUGUGAGCAGGGGGACAGGGCUGAACUCCGCUGCUCUUCUGGGCCCAGUGCAUUGUGGUCUGUCUGUGCUGCUGAAGGAAGCUGCUGCACCGGAAUCUGAAGAAUUUGAGGUGUCCGCCAAGUCUACUCCUCAUCGUCAGCUAGUCUCUCUGUCCCUCCCUGGACUGUAUUCUCUGCGAACGGGCUGCAAGGUUUAACAAGGAGAAAAAAUGUCUCAGGCCGAAAAAAUGAAGCAGGGUCAGUUCACCAACCCUGAGACUCCAGGGUACGUUGGAUUCGCCAACCUGCCUAACCAGGUUCAUCGCAAGUCAGUGAAAAAAGGAUUUGAGUUUACACUGAUGGUGGUAGGUGAAUCUGGGCUUGGAAAAUCCACCCUGAUCAACAGCCUUUUUCUAACUGACCUUUACCCUGAGAGAGUCAUCCCUGGAGCAGCAGAGAAGAUAGAAAGGACGGUUCAGAUUGAGGCGUCGACAGUAGAGAUUGAGGAGCGAGGAGUGAAGCUUCGUCUUACUGUGGUAGACACACCAGGAUACGGAGACGCCAUCAACAGCCAGGACUGUUUCAGCACCAUUAUCAGCUACAUCGAUGACCAGUUUGAGCGCUACCUCCAUGACGAGAGCGGUCUAAAUCGUCGACACAUUGUCGACAAUAGAGUUCAUUGUUGCUUUUAUUUCAUCUCCCCGCUUGGUCAUGGUCUGAAACCCCUGGACGUGCAGUUCAUGAAGGCCAUUCACAAUAAGGUUAACGUGGUUCCUGUCAUCGCCAAGGCGGACACACUCACCCUCAGGGAGAGAGAGAGGCUCAAGCGCAGGAUUCUGGAUGAGAUUGAUGAACAUGGUAUCAAAAUCUAUCACCUUCCUGAUGCUGAGUCAGAUGAGGAUGAGGACUUCAAAGAGCAGACCAGGAUCCUCAAGACCAGCAUCCCAUUUGCAGUCGUAGGAUCCAACCAGCAGAUUGAGGCCAAAGGGAAGAAGGUGAGGGGCCGUCUGUACCCAUGGGGAGUGGUAGAGGUGGAGAACCCAGAGCACAACGACUUCCUCAAGCUGCGUACCAUGCUGAUAACCCACAUGCAAGAUCUGCAGGAAGUGACCCAGGACCUGCACUACGAGAACUUCCGCUCAGAACGCCUCAAACGGGGUGGCAGGUUGUCCUCCCAUGGUUACAUUCUGCCUCUGUCCCCUGUAAAGGCACCGGAGCCGGAGGAGAUGGACAAGGACAUGAUCCUGCAGGAGAAGGAGGCUGAGUUGAGGCGAAUGCAGGAGAUGAUUGCAAAGAUGCAGGCCCAGAUGCAGAAACAUGGAGAUGGAGAGGGAGACAGCCCCCAUGUGUGAAACAUCUGCGGUAUUUAAGCCACUGCUUGAGUUUGACCAGAGAGAAGGAUGAUAGCAGAACAGAUGUUAAGAGCCAUCGGGUUAUUGACUCGUACUGCUUGCCACUAUCUUCAUUCAGUCCCACAUGGGAUCUGGAGUCAUUUUUUUUUUAUCCACAACAGUAAAGUAUAUUCAGACAGUGUUGGGUUUAUAUAUUUAAAGGGUUCCAUUUCUUUCUUUUUUUUUUUUUUUUUAAGAUUUUGUGUCCUUGUUAAACUUUUGCCAGUUAUUCAAAUGAAGUCAUGUGAAGCAUCUUUGAAAACUGUGGCAUAUAUUUUGAAUACAAACCCACUGAGAUGUUCUGUUACAACCUUUUUCCAUUUUGCUAUUGAGAAAACCAAAGUAUUACUGCUCCUGUUCAGUGCUUUUAGUCUCUUAAAGCACGUGCUAACCUUAGCUCUGUGAAAGAGCUUCGCUGGGAGAAUCAACUGUGGUGAAAACUAGCAGAAAUACACUUUUAUGCCAUUGUAUUAAAUUUUUUGUCAAGAAAAAGCAUGAUUUAAGAUUUCCACAUGAAACAGGGUCCGCCCUGCUCAGUGUCACUCAUGUUAUCCACUCAUAUGCAUGCAGCUCUUGACCCCAUAAAAUUUCAGGUAAAAUUUCCCUCGAGUGCUGUGUUGGGGUCAACUCCUCUCUUUUCCUGUCCAAACCUUAUCCAUUAGUUCUCAAAUUUGUUUCACCAAGUACAAUGACAUUCAAGUGUUAAGCUCUUGAGUUUGACAUGAAUUUAAAAAAACUGUGACCCCCGACCUCUUGCAGUCUUCCUGACAAAUGAAGGACACCUCUUUUACUAAAUGUCUCCUCGAUACUGUAAUGUGCCAGGGACUGUUGUUUCGCCUUUCAUUGAGAUUUUAGAGGUAUUAUCUAGUUCAUGUCCCAGCUGCUGAGUACUUUGUGGUUUCUAUGACUGCAGAGGUUUAGAGUGACUCGAUGAGGUCAAUGUAGCCAUUGUUUCCCUCACCAGCCAAGCUGAGACCAACAUUCCUCUUUGUGCUGUUUUUAUCAAAUAUUCAAGCACCAAAUAUUGUUCUUGAUGCAUUUAUUAUAAUAAAGGUUUUAUUCAACUUUA